GCAUGUGGACGGUAGCGGCGGUUCUGCUCCUGGCCACGGCGGCCGGGGCCAUCACCCGGGACCAGUUCUACCCCCACGGCGCGGGGCUGGACCAGAGACUGCCCCAUGGCGCCAACGUGUCAUCCCCCCAGAUCGCUCUGAACGUCCCCAUCGCGUUCUACGGGGAAAUCUACGAUGUUAUUUAUGUCAACAACUACGGAAUCCUUACGUUUAGAGAAAACAUUCCGCUGUUUCUAAAUGCGGAAUUUCCUCUGCCGUACCCCUCUAUAGCAGCGUUUUACACAAACAUUGACACGUCGGAAACUGGCGCAGUAUAUUUUAGAGAAACCAACGAAUCUCACGUUCUGGCUAAGGCAGAGGACAGCAUCCAGAGUAACUUCCAUGACUACUACGAUUUUGUUCCGACGAGCGUUUUCCUCGCGACUUGGACCGAUGUGACGCAUAACAACGAGUCCCAGGGCCGCAGAAACACCUUCCAGAUCGCAGUUAUCAGUAAUGGCACCGAUAGCUUCGUCGAGCUGCUCUACCCUGAACGAGAAAUACAAUGGAUACAGAAGGAAACAUUACCUGGAUACUUACCUGACGCGAAGGCACAGGCGGGAUUCAUCGCUGAAGACGGGCGCCUGUUUACACUUCGUGGCUCCGGCAGUCAUCAAAUUAGAAAUAUUGUUUCAUGGUCGAACGUUCAUGAUCCAGGCAGAUACGUUUACCGGGUGGGAAUCUUACCACCGGACAGCAACAUCGUCGCCCCCGACUUGUACGAUCAAUACGAAGUCGAAGUAGAAGAGGAGUCGAAGACCUGUGCCCAAAGUGGCACCAGCGUCUGCCAUACUCAAGCCAGAUGUGUCGACUAUCAAGCCGGCAUCUGCUGUCAAUGCAUCGAAGGGUUCUACGGCAACGGAAAAUCCUGCAUCAAAAACAACGUCCCAUUGAGGCUUAACGGAAGACUAAAUGGAGUUAUUAACAACAUUAAUUUAAAUGAUGUGAACAUACAGGCCUAUGUGGUGAUUUCCGAUGGACGCACGUAUACGGCAUUGACCCAAGCGCCGGCAUCUCUCGGUACGAGUUUGCAAACUUUGAGCGUACUAGGAGGCGUUAUUGGAUGGCUCUUCGCUAAACCUAUAGGAUCAGCUAAAAACGGUUACCAACUAACAGGGGGAGUCUUCAACUACACGGCCGAUAUUUUCUAUCCGGGAACUGGAGAUAGAGUCACAAUAAAUCAAGAAUUCUUGGGUCACGACGUUUUUGAUCAAAUCACCUUUGAUACAGACGUUCGUGGGUCCAUACCGGCUAUUCCUAUGGGCGCUAGAAUGGAAGUAGGUGAAUUCCAAGAACUGUACACGAAUGCUGCUCCCGGCAUAGUCAAUAGCGUGUCGACUCGUACAUACAUCAAUAAAGAUACGUCGCAGAGAUACGAGCAGAGGGUUACACAAACAUUUUCAUACGUUCCAUGCAAGUUUGCCCCGCCAUCGGAGGAAGAUAAUAUACCAGUUACACUUAAGGUUGUAAAGAAUUAUUUAGGAUAUGAAGUGAGAGAAAACAUUGUGCGAUAUGGUACAACCAAUAAAGUAAUUUUAAAUGAUCAGGAAGACCCCUGUAUCGAAGGACGUAAUGCUUGCGCUCCUCAUAGCACUUGCGUAGCAGAAGGCGACACAUUCACCUGCGUUUGUCAAAGCGGUUUCGCGAACAUAUAUUAUGAGAAAUCGAGCGCUUGUAUUGAUAUAGACGAGUGUGCGGCUGGAACUCACAACUGCGACACAAACGCCGACUGUUACAAUCACGAGGGAGGAUUCCAAUGUCGGUGUAGAGAAAAUUACGAAGGAAAUGGAGUGAGCUGCAAACGAAUUUCAAAAUGCAGGGACAACGUUUGUGACCCCAAUGCCUCGUGUGUAGAAGGACCACAAGGAGAGCCGACGUGUGUGUGUAACGCUGGUUUUGUCUUGGAAGGUAACCGAUGCUUGCCUUCUUAUAGAUGCGAUCGUUGCUCACCCGACGCUCACUGUCAGUAUCAUGAGGAGACGAACUCAUACAGUUGUCAGUGCAACGACGGCUACAUCGGUAAUGGAUAUGAUUGCGUAGUAGAAGAGACUACUGAAGGAGAAUACACGGAAGUAACAGAAUCUAGUUCGACUACAUCAAUAUCUACAUCGUAUGCGCCAACCGAGUCAGAAUACAACGAUGAUUUUGUUUUAGCGAACUGUGGUACUUACGGCUGUUACUGUCCCGAGGGCUACAGUUUGUUUAAAGAUUCAAGAAACGUUGAUUUAUGUAGGAUAGAUUCUUUAAAAGAACCUGACCAAAGCUUAGAAAGUAACGACACAACAACGAUCACAUGCACCACUGAUUCACAGUGUCCACCCAACGCUAUAUGCUCAUUUUCUGGCGAGCAGUAUUACACUGGCGACUCUGAUAUUGGACACUGCGUCUGUCCAGAAGGAUACGAAGGGGACGCUUAUGAAUGUCUCGAGAAAACUGGUCCGUCCUGUUCAUGCGGAGCUGGAGCCCAUUGCAUUGAAACAAACGCCGGUGACAUGAUGUGUGUCUGUGAUAUCGGGUACCACGGCGACGGCUACGACUGUAGACCGAAUUUCAGCUGCCAGAACAACUCCGACUGUGAAGUCAAUGCGGAGUGCCGACUAGAUACGUACAAUGAGCUAGUCUGCCAAUGUAUAUCCGGGUACGUGAAGGACCAAAGCGACGCAUGCAUACCCGACGGCCAGCUGUGCAAUGGGGCGGUGUGCGCCGACCACGCGUCCUGCUUGUACGAUGAUGUUUUAAGUAUCAGCUACUGCCAAUGCGAUUCGGGAUUCGAAGGCGACGGAAUCUCGAGCUGCGUCACUAGUGGUAGAACUUGUGACAUCACCAACGACUGCAAUCCUUACGCCGUCUGCACUCUCGUGGAAUCGGCGUACCAGUGCGUCUGCCGCGAGGGAUACACCGGCGACGGAUACGUUUGCAAUCCAGAGAUAAGUUGCAGAACCAACCACUACCUGUGCGAUCAACACGCGUCAUGUUUAAAGACCAGCGAUGGAUACGAGUGCGAAUGUAAUACCGGGUACAAUGGAAACGGUAGUCACUGCGAGCUGAACCCCAAGCUGGCCGGCAACUUCUUAGUGGCGAGCGACGGCGCCUCCGUUUACCGGGUGCCAUUCAAAGUGACUCCUCGGGAGUUUGCAACGCCCUUGAACAGCGGAAUCUACCAAAUAGCAGUAGGAAUUGACGUGGACUGCCAUUCUGGAAGGAUUUACUGGGGUGAUGUGAGUGGCAAUGCCAUCAAACGAGCGGCGUACGAUGGAUCUGGAUCUGAACAGUUUUUAUCAGUUGAUGUUCAAGCACCGGAAGGCAUAUCUGUUGAUUGGGCAGCAAGGAACAUAUUUUGGACCGACGCAAAGAAAUUAACGAUAGAAGUAGCCAACAUAGACACUAAAGUUAGAAAGGUCUUAUUCAGGGGAGACGGUAUCUACAAUCCAAGAGGAAUUGUGGUGCACCCAUCAAGAGGUAAAAUCUUCUGGUCCGAUUGGAAUCGCUCCGGGCCGAAGAUUGAAUGGGCCAACAUGGAUGGCUCCCAAAGGGGUGUAUUCUUGGACCAAGCGGACGUGAAGCUGCCUAACUCUUUGGCUAUAGACUGGGCGAGAGACAGGCUGUGUUACGCUGAUGCUGGGCUGUUCAGUGUGAGGUGUGUCGGUAUAGACACCCUGGAGCGAGAGGUGAUCGCCAGCAACUGCUCAUAUCCUUUCGGAUUGGCGAUCAACGGCGAACAAUUCUACUGGUCGGAUUGGAAGAAACUGAAGAUCGAAUACAUAGACAAUUUGACGCAGCUCAAGGGCCAAGUGCCAAUCGCGACAGCAUCGAGAAGACUAUACGGAGUAGCCGUGGCGCCCGACCAGUGUCCAAGCUCUACCAACAUUUGCGAAAACAGAAACGGCUACUGUCAAACGAACGAGAUCUGCCUCCCCGACGGCCAGGGCAGUAGAACUUGUGUGCCAGGGGACGUUUAAUAGCUUCUAUAGUACAGUGUUACAAGGAUCCUUUGGCACUUGAAUCACACUAAUAGAUUGUGGAUCCUUUCGCAUUGCAGAUUGCGGUGUUAGGUCUUACUUUGGCAAGUGCCAAAACAUUCUUGCGGCAUUGUACUUGUGUUAAGUUUACAGUCUAAACAUAGACAUAGACAUUUAGUGUAAAAAUUAGUAAUUACACUGCAAACAUGAAUAACUAUAUUAUGCUGUGACAGGCAGUGGUACCAUUAUAUCAAACCUCAUCAAACCAAUGCAGUUUAAGAAAAAAUAUUUUGAUUCUUUAAGUCCGGAUUAUAAUAUAAUAUUAGUUAAUGUAUCCGAAACAAGAAAAUACAUAUUAAACGAUCAAUAUUACUGAGGAAAAGUACUUAACUGCAUCAUAUCUUUGGAUCAGGGAAAUUUUUGAUUCGGAUGCGACUAUUUCUAAUCGCUAUAGCCAAUAAACAUGCCAUAAAUUUCCGAAUCCAAAUCAAACACGAUUUAUAAAAUAUACUUUAUGACGAUUAAUUAAUAAUAUAAUAUUAUGUUAUGUAUUUCCACAUCCCCUUUGAAUAUUUUAUGUAGUUAUAAAAACACUUAAUACUCAUAAUUAGUAAGUUUUUAAUAAUAAUAAUGUUACAUUCAUACCAAA